UGAAGUUGGCUCAAUCACCGGUGAUGGUGUAGUGAUAGUAAAAGUGGUCACCUUUGGUGAUUCCAAUUAUUCUGGUGAUCACCUCUUCAUCAUCAGGAGGUGAUAGUCACUUAUCACCUUACAUGAUUCCACCCCAGGUAACAUAUAAAAAGAAACAGGUAAACACUUUGCGAUCGCAGACACGGAUAAUGAGUUCGCUACCGUCAGCUUAAAUGCAUUAUGUUGGAUUUGUUUACCUAUUGAAGAACGCCUGAACUAAAUCGGUUUCAAUAGAAAGGCUGAAGUUAGAAGUUACAAACAGUCACCACAAAGAAUUAAAGUAAACUAAAAACAUCGAUUAAGUGCAUCUCGGUUUGGCGGGUGUCAGAACCCAUUGCUAAAAGGACUUUUUUUAGAAUCGAAAUCUUCCUGUCAUGGGACCGGUAAGGAAUAAUGAAGAGGAAAAGAAUUAUGCGGUUGCCGCUUCCGCUUUGAACGAAACCCAAACGAUGACGGAACCGAACAGAUCGAGCGGAGGAAAUUUGGAAGAGAACCGCCAUUCAGUUGGGUUCACAACGAUGUCGCAGGAUCUUCGUAGUCGUCUUUUGUCCACUGAUUCCAAUGAAUGUGAAACCAGCACUCAGCGGUGUUCCGAGUUUACUCUGAGCCAAGCGCGAAAAUUUCGAUCCUCGGUUGGCAACGAAUUUAUCAAGAAGAAAACGUCAACCUGUAAGAAAAUCAGCCAACUCAACUUUUCAGCCCGUUUUACACUGGAAACGUUGGAAAUAAAACUCCAUACCGAAGGGCGGCUGAUGUUGGUGGACGAUGAUCUACGAUCUGACGAUCGAGAGGCCGGAACUGUUGGAUGAAACACGUGAUUUUCAACAGGCGAAACAAGUUCUACUGGAGCAGAUUCGGAUUGAGGAGGUUUAUUUCGAUGGUCUUCUUUUGGAACGAAACCAGCUACGAACGGAUUUCGUGAAUAUUCUCAAAGAUGUGGGAUCGAAAACGGCAAUUGAUCGUCGCUUCGCAAUGGACUGCAUUUCAUUGAAGACCAUUUUUGAUGAUGACAGUUGCGAACUGUCAGAUUAUCAGUGUGUGUGUGAGAAAAUUAUGAAAAGUCGAUCUUUUUCAGUGCAGCUCACCAACACAGUAACAAAGUUGUAUGACGUCGAAUCUUCUCUGAAAAGAAGGAGUGAGCUUCUUCCGUGCAUUGAGAGUCCGUUGGAAGAGAAUUUUUCGAUAUUUCUUGAAACUCUGAAACAGAUUCAGUCAACGGCAAGUGAUGUUCAUAGAAAGUGUUUAUUGGAACAAGUUCCAGGAUACUUAUCGAGUGAUUUGGAAAAUAUUUCGCCCGGAAGAAUCAUGUUAAUCAGCAGCAGAGAUGUUGGGAUUCUUGCCGAUGUAGAAAACAUUUUGGAUGGAGUUGAUUUCCAGAAACCUUUGAAAAACUUGGCAAGUCGCUUCACCGCUAAUGUGAAUGGUUUUGAUAUUAGUGAAUUUAGUGUAGAGAAAUCAUUAAUCAAUCCAACUUUUGUUCUUCUGUGCAAAAGCCUGAAGGACCUCCUGCAAAAAAUCGUCAAAAGCUCUGGCAUGAAGUAUUCAGAUUUGAUUCAAAUUAACACCAACACCUUUUGGAAUCCGACACCCGAGAUAACCUGGAAAAUCAAAGGUAAUUCAGGAAAAUGCUUGGAACACGAAUAUUUGUUCAUUUUCAAACUUCUGAACCAUUAUGAGCCUGGUUCAAACGCCGACUGCGAAUCAUUCGAAUACAAAUCCAAGCUUUUUGUGGGCUCCGAAAACUGCAAUCUAGCGAUAGAUCCUAGUCAAACCAUGCAGGAAUCGUUCAUUUGGUGCUGUUUGUUGGAUGAUGCUCUGUCUUCGUUUGCGACAAGAAAUCAACUGACAGCUUAUGAGAAAAUUCUUCAAGAAUAUGUUUCUUUAUUCCGAAACGCAAAUCAAGAUGAGCUAGAGUUUGUACGAGUUGUGAGUCAUGCUUUGGUGGACUUCAUAGCUUGUACCGUUGAACUUGUGGAGAAUGACGAAGAAGACAAUUUGAAGGUCGACAGGAAAAUACUGCAAAAACAACUUCAUCUACUCAUUCCAGAAAUGUCGUUUGGCUCUUCAAAUACGAAUCGAUUCCACAAAAUGGUCGAAGUUUUUCUUAUAUUUUGGAAUCAUAAGAAGGAUAUAAUUGCAAAGUUUUCUUCUAAAAUUGAUCUUCCAGAGAUGAACGAACUUGCGCAAAAAUUGUUGGAUGUCGUAAAAUUGGUUUUGGAGAAAAGUGUUGAAGUUGAACUGGUUUUGGAAUUUUUCAAUACAUUGUGCUUUUGUGCUUCAACUUGAUGCUUUGUCAUUUGAUUGGAUCAUAAAAACCAUUUCCGGGGUUGAGAUGCAAAAUAUGAUUCCUUACAAGUUGAUCGAACCAUUGAACCAAGAACGCUUUCCGGACACAUUCCGCGUGUUAAAUCCGUUGAAGUUCGUUCAGAUGAUGAAAAUGUUUCAUAACGAAGUUGAAAUUCCUGAGCCCCAGGUGAUUCUCAUUAUGAAAUCGUGUCUUUCCCCUAUCAUGCAACAGUUAAAUCGGAAACAGUCCUCAUCAGGACUCAAUUUUUCAGCAUCAGACCAAAUCACGACCACAAUAACUUUGAUUUCAACGUUCACAAAACGGCUGAUGAAUUCGAAGGAUUUCUGCAAUCUGCUGGCACACGAUUCUUUCGACCAUUUUCAAGCAGCAAAUGUGAAACUACUAAACAGUAAGUUCAAAGAAAAUAAAUCUGCAAAUGGUUUUGAGUUGUUUCGAAUUGACACUUGGACUAGAACUGAAACAAAUUUCAAUUCGGUACAUGACGAAUUCGAUAGGUUCAAUAGUUUUCACGACAAGCAAUCAAUUCGAAAAGCAUUCCAUCAAUAUUCGGAAGAGUUUCAUCAAUACGUAUCUUUGAAAGAAGAGAGCAGAGUCGUCGAAAUAGCAAAGAAAUUGAAAGCAACAAACAUUCGUCAUUUCAGUUCUUGGGAUGCUCAAUUUAAGCAGGUCGAGCUCCCGAAAAUCCUUGCUGGAAUCACAGCUUUGUGGUUUACUUCAACACCUAAAACCGUAGAAUUCCCAAAUAUGACAGAAGCUCACGGACUGCACGGUUCCCAGGUUUUGUGCAUUUUAAGGAUGUUAGGCGUAGACGACCCAAAAGCGGGAGUUUCUAAACAUUUUGCGGAGAUUCCUCCGGGAGAAGGAAAAACGUUGAUUAACAGACUAAUCGCCAUUUUGUUGGCGUUGACGGGGCACUCAGUGCAUGUGGUUUGCUGCAACGAAUAUCAAAAAGAAAGAAAUCGAGCUGACCUGAAUCGAGUAUUUAAUGUUUUGGAUGUCGAAAAAAGUAUUAGCUAUAGUAUUGCUGGGUAUUUUGAUAGACAUGGUGCCGUACUAUUAAAUGGCACACGUGUCCUUUCAUCGGGAUUCACGAAGAAUUCAACUGAGCGACUGAUGACAGGAUCCUUAGAUAAUUCCGUGCUCUUAAUUGAUGAUUUAAAUGUGUUUUGGAAUUGGACUAAUGUUUCGACGGUAAAUUACUGCCAACACUUGGUUAUCAUAUUACCAGGACUCGAUGAAAUUCAAGCUAAAAUAUGGAAUUUAACAAUCAAAUCAACUGAGGGAAACGCCAUCAAAAAUUGUAUAUAUGAGUAUAUUGAAUCGUCCGAGUUCCCAGAAAAAGAUAGAUGGAAGACAUUUUUAUCACUACCAGGUGAAUUUAAAUGGUUCUCAAAAGACAAUCAGGAAAUAUCUUUCACAAAUCGAGAAUUGUUCGAUACACAUUUAGCUGACAUGAUUCGCGAUGCUAAUGAAGUUCACGAAAAUCGCUUUAGAAGGUGCCAGAAUAGUUAUUAUAAGACAUUCCACUAUUUGGCUAAUGAGAAAUCACAAACUUCAACAAAAACCGGAGAUAAAAUUAAUUAUGGAUUUUUGAUUAUGGAAUUACCUGAUUCGCAUUUGAUCACAGCACUCAGCGACUUCCCUCUCGUAUUUGGGGUAUUUGGAGGUAAAUUUAACAAAGAUCAAAUUAAUUACCUCGAACAGUUUUGUGACAUCAGGGAAUGGACUAAAAUGCCCUCGGUUUUGGGUUGCUCGAAACUUAAAUUCGACAAGGAGGCAGAUUUUUAUUCAACGAAGGACUACGAUGAUUGGAAGAACAAAAUUUUCAAUAGCGCUCGCCAGGUUAUCGAUUCCCAUCGUUCGGUUAUUAUAGUCGGUUGGAUAGGUGAAAUGAUAAGUUUCGAAAACAACUACGGGAAGCAUUUCACUCGGAUUAACUUUCUGUACGAAAAAACACCCAAUGAAAAGAAGCAACGGAUUAUUGAUGAGAUUGGUGGUGCAGGAAUUGUGACCGUGGUAGAGAAGGAAAUGGCUCCAGGACUUGACUACAAAUCCAGUGAGAUCGUAGAAAGAAACGGAGGAGUGCACGUGAUUCAAGCAUUUCAAACUCUCGAUGCCAUUCAGGAGACCCGAAUCAAGCAACUGACUGCCAGGCGCGGGAACCAAGAAAGCUACGAAAUGAUUUCUCAUCGUGACAAUAAUUCGUACGAUGGAUUGAAUAAACAAAGAGACAGUUGCAAUCAGCUCGAAUUAUAUUCCUUACUAAGUAAUCACUCAAAACUAACUGAACGAAAAGAUGUUUUGCGAACAUUCGUGAAUACAUUUAAGUUUUAGACGAACGGAUUUUGCUACGUCCAAAAACAGAACAAUUAUUUAUAAAACGAACACGUACCGAGUAAGGAAUACCACAUUACCUUAGGUUCUAUGCAUGAAAAACGAACGUCAUCCAUCUAGUACUGAAAUAAUAUUGAAAAUAAUAUUGAAAAUAAAAUUGAAAAAGUUCCUGGGAUUAAAGCUAAUUUGAAUCACGAAUGCAAAAACGCGUUUUUCUUUGUUAGUGUCCAUACGUCCCACUUACGCCCAGUAAACCAAUUACUGCAAAAAUCAAACAGAGCCGAAACGAAAUUCGACUUUCGAACCAAGGCCUGGAAAGACGAGGGUCGAAUCAGUUCCUGGAGUACGAAAGAUGUCUGUAUGUUGCUUCCGGAAUUGCAGGGUGAUAUGCACCAAAGAUAUGAAAAUAAUUUACACUCACUUUUCUCGGAGACGGCUUAACCGAUUUUCACAAACUUAGAUUCAAAUGAAAGGCCUUAUGGUCUCAUACAAAGUUCCUGAAUUUCACUAUGCCGAUAUCCAGUUUUCGGUUUCGGAAGUACCGACAGCAAUAAUGAAAUAUGAUAAAAUUGAGCUCACUUCACUUUCACAUAUAUGAUUGAAUAGAUUUUCACUUACUUAAAUUCAAAUGGAGUGUAUCAAUGUAGUAGUAUGAUGCAACAGAAAUCUUCAAAACUAUUUUCUGAAAUUUUUUAAAUUGUAGUAUUUCGGGGAUUUUCUUCUGUUAUACAGAAGAAAAUGA